GCCGAUUGCUUAGCUGCAAUCUAUUCCUCUAGGUUUAUGUAGCAAGGUCUUUUCCUCCACCCUUUCAUUGACUGCAAUCACUCUCUGCCUCCCCUUUUAGUCUUAUCUCUCCCCCCCUCCCCUUUCUGUCCCCUUUCCCUCCCAUCCUUCCUUCUCGAUCUCUAGCAAUCUCUUGACACCUGAAGGAAAGCCUGGGAGGUGUGACCCACUGCAAGGGGGAAAAAAACCAAUAAAAGGAAAGUCUAGGAAGGUAUGGGGGAUGGGGCAACUCCUUAUGUGUAGCUGCUGAUUAUUUUGCAUGGAUUGGUGAGGAGAAAAGAGAGCUGCGUUGGGGGGGGAACUAAAAAAGGCUUAUUGCUCCGAUAAUACUGAGCCUGAGUUAACCAAGGGCAAGCCCUGUGAGAACAAGCUGAACAUGAAUGAAAACAUUCACUGUCCAUUAUCUUCUGCAGAGUAUAAUGAGCCACAUACCUCGGGCUUGCAGCUAGCCAUGUUAGCCUGUAAUAAUGGGAGUGAACAGCCAGCAGAGCCCACAAAUCCCUCCAAUGAAAAAGCCAGCCUCCUGAAUAGCGCUGAGCCAUCCAGAGCAAAGGAACGCAGAAGCCCAGCCAAUGACAGCACCGGCCAUGGGGCCGAACAUCUGGAAAUGGCACCAGACCUAUGGAAGCAGAGCGAAAUGCAGAGAAAUAGGGUACAGCAAGCACAAUCAGAGAGUGACAGCAGCAGUGUCAAUGGUCUGGUGCUGACGAACGGUUUGCAUACAGAGUUUGAGCCGAGGAAGGAGAGGGACUUUGAUGGCAAGGAGGUAACAGAGACGCAGGGCAGCACAGCGCCAAGGAGAAGUGAUGCUGACUUGGAGGAGAGGGACUCGCCAAGCAAGGAGCUGUAUAGCGAGCUGCUCAGUGGUGUGCAUUUGCAGACCUUCCUGGACUCUCCAGAGGUGUUAAGUGCUGGGGACUCAGAGGAACAGCUAAGGUUUGCAGCUGGAGAAGCCAAGCAAAGUUGCACGGAGGAUGACAAGGAAGAGUUGCAAUUGAAAGACAUCAGGGAUGGAUUCAGCUCUACCUUUGAAAAAAUUGUGGAGUCCGACCUUAUGAAGGGCACGUACUACAGCAGCCUGGACUCCCUGGACGUGCUCUCCCUCACAGAUGAGACAGACAGCUGUGUCAGUUUUGAGGCUCCGCUCACUCCACUGAUUCAGCAAAGGGUCAAGGAAAGCCCUGAACUUUUAGAACAGAAACUGGUUGCCCAGCAGAAAGGAGCCCUGCAACACAUGGCGGCGGAGAAGCAAGAGCAGGCAGCCGCGAAGCCAGCGGACGAGGAUUUGGGGAGCCCUCUGAGGCACUCAAUUACCAGCAGCAGGUCGGAAAAUGUGCUCAGCCGGUUAUCCUUGAAAAAUAUCCCUAAUGGAUUCCACGUCGAUGGAGCUGAGGAAGAUGCCUUGAAGCUUAUUAACUCCAUCAGUGAUGCCAGCUUAAAAGAUACUCUUUCUGACUCGGACUCUGACAUGGGCAGCACCGAACAGCUUGACCAUGGCAGCACAGACACAUUAGCAAAUGGCUGCAAGGCAGAUAGUGAUGCUGCCAAGAGACUGGCCAAGCGCCUCUAUCACCUUGAAGGAUUCAAGCGCUGUGAUGUGGCACGCCAGCUUGGGAAAAACAAUGAAUUUAGCAAGUUGGUAGCAGAAGAAUAUCUCAGUUUCUUUGACUUCACUGGUCUCACCCUGGACAAAGCACUCAGAACGUUCUUGAAAGCGUUCCCUCUGAUGGGAGAGACGCAGGAACGGGAGCGUGUGCUGAUCCACUUCUCCCGGAGAUACUGCCAGUGCAACCCAGAAGAGAGCACGUCGGAAGAUGGGAUUCAUACACUGACCUGUGCCCUGAUGCUGCUAAACACAGAUCUUCAUGGCCACAAUAUUGGAAAGAAGAUGUCAUGCCAACAAUUUAUAGCAAACCUGGAUGGCUUAAAUGAUGGGAAGGACUUUGCAAAGGAUCUGCUGAAGACGCUGUAUAACUCAAUCAAAAAUGAGAAGCUGGAGUGGGCCAUUGACGAGGAUGAGCUGAGAAAAUCGCUGUCGGAACUCGUGGACGACAAACUAGGAGCCAGUGCAAAGAAAGUGACGCGGAUCGUAGAUGGCAGCAAUCCUUUCCUGGACAUUCCCCAGGCGCUGAAUGCAAUUACCUAUAAGCACGGCGUCCUCACCCGGAAAACCCAUGCUGAUACAGAUGGGAAGAGAACCCCGAGAGGAAGAAGAGGAUGGAAGAAGUUUUAUGCUGUGCUUAAAGGGACCAUUCUUUAUUUGCAGAAGGAUGAAUAUAAACCUGACAAAGAUCUCUCUGAAGUGGAUCUGAAAAACGCCAUCCGAGUUCACCACGCCUUAGCCACCAAAGCCUCUGACUACAGCAAAAAAUCCAACGUGCUCAAGCUGAAGACAGCUGACUGGAGAGUUUUUCUCUUCCAAGCUCCAAGCAAAGAAGAAAUGCUCUCCUGGAUACUGAGAAUAAACUUAGUGGCUGCUAUUUUCUCUGCCCCCGCCUUCCCGGCUGCCAUAUGCUCCAUGAAGAAAUUCUGCCGUCCCCUCUUGCCAUCUUCAAUGACUAAGCUGUGCCAGGAGGAACAGCUGAGGUCCCAUGAAAGUAAGAUGAGGCAGAUUGCAGACGAAUUAACAGAGCAUAAAUUACAUCCUGUAGAGAAAAGCCUCAAGUCAAAAGAGGCUGAAGAAUAUAGGCUGAAAGAGCAUUACUUAAUAUUCGAGAAGAGCCGCUACGAGACAUACAUUAACCUGCUGUGCGUGAAGAUAAAAGUUGGGACAGAUGAUCUGGAGAAAAUCGAAGCCAGCCUUUUCAUGGUGGAAGCUGAUGAUAUCUCCUUGCGGAAGACACAUUCAAGCCCUUCCCUGAGCCAAGGACACUUGUCUGUACACAGCAAGGUGGAAAAGGACGUUAUAGAGCAGAACACUUAACAGGUAACGCUAGUGCAGGCGAAAUCAAUCAGUGAGGCUUAGUACUCCUUGACUAGAUCGAUGAGCACAAUUAUACCUAGGAAACCAUAUGAACAAAACCGGUAGAUGUACAAGACGUGGAUUCUGAUCCAGCGAAAGAAAUCAAAGAAGCUUUACACUUUCCUAAUUUUUCCCCAGUGCCCUGAGAUUUCAGUGUCAUUGACUCUCUACUUUCUCUUCACAUCUGUACCCCCUUCAGUAUUUCAUUUACUACUGCUCCCUGUGUGCAUACAAUAAAGGGACACAUUCUUUGUA